AUGCAACGACUCUGGGCUGACGAAGGUGUGCGAGAAUGCUAUCGACGUAGUAAUGAGUAUCAAAUAGACGACAGCGCUAAGUAUUUCUUGGACAAUUUGCCUCGGCUUUCGUCUCUUAACUACAUCCCAAGUGAACAGGACCUGUUGAGGACACGUAUCAAAACUACUGGUAUUACAGAAGUUUUAUUUGAACUCAAAGGACUCACAUUC